AUGGAAAUACUCAAGUAAAGUAAAAGUAAAUGUACUUAGUUACUUCCCACUCUAGGUUUAAAUAACAUUAAUAGAAAUUGACUUUCAGGGCAGAAUAACUAGAUUUCUAUUAUAUUUUAUUUACUUGCACUAUUUUAUCUGUUUUAUUGUGUUGCACUGUGGGAGGAGCCUGUGACCUAAGAUUUCCAUUGUCAUAACCACACUGUAUCAUAUAUAUAUAUAUAUAUGAUAUAAGCACACAUGACAAUAAAAGCCUUGAAUCCUUGAAAACUGAGCUUCUGGUAUCUGGGAUUUCUUGCGGAGUGGGACCUCUUUAUCCCCGGUAACAACCUCUAGCUUCUCUUCCUCUCCAGCACCGUGACCGAUGGCCGGGCCACUCACCGUUCACACCGAAUGACCACCCCGGUGCAGAUGUUACACACGAGAUAACAGCGAGACAAACUGCGGGUGUUUGGAUGCGUUGGCUCGGGUUAGCAUGUGGUCUGCCGGUGAGGAUGUUAGCUCGGGUCAGCAGCCCCUCCCCGGGUUGACACCGUGUGAUGAGGGCAGACUCUCACGGUAAACGGACCAGAAACACGUUCAUGCUCCAGUUGUACUUUCUUGCCCUUCUGUAAGGUAGCUGAGAGAAAGAGAAACCUCUUCUGAAAACCACUCGGACGCCAUGGCCCCUCACCCGGCGGUCCAGGCCGCCAUUGACCUCUCUGCAGGAGCCAUAGGGGGGGCUGCAUGUGUGUUCAGUGGGCAGCCUCUCGACACAGCAAAGGUCAAGAUGCAGACCUUUCCUAAUCUGUACCGGGGUUUCAUCCACUGCAUCACGUCCACCUACAAACAGGUGGGUCUGCGGGGUCUCUACCAAGGCACCUCCCCCGCUCUGAUGGCCAACAUCGCAGAGAACUCCGUGCUCUUCAUGAGCUACGGAUUCUGCCAGCAGGUCAUCCGCCUCUCAGCUGGUCUGCCCAAUGAGACUGUGCUCAGUGAUGUGCAGAAAGCUUGUGCUGGCUCAAUAGCAUCCAUUUUCUCCUCGCUAGUCCUCUGCCCCACUGAGCUGGUCAAGUGUCGGCUGCAAGCCAUGUAUGAAAUGGAGUUAUCAGGCAAGAUUGCAAAGAGCCAUAACACAGUGUGGUCGUUGGUGAGAUCCAUCAUGAGGGGCAGGGGCCCGCGGGGCUUCUUCCAGGGUCUGACCCCCACCAUCGCCAGAGAGGUGCCCGGGUACUUCUGCUUCUUCGGGGCCUACGAGCUCUGCCGCACGACCUUUGCAGACUACAUGAAGUGUGAAAAAGACGACAUAG